GAAUUUGUAAAGUUAUAUUCCUCUCACUGGAAACUACACAAGAGAGAAAAGAAUGUCAACUUUCCUCUGUUUCAUCUUCCUCUUACCCAUUUUCUUCAUCUUCUUGAAAAAUCUCAAACCUUCUUCUAGAUGGAACCUUCCUCCAGGACCAAAGAAGCUUCCCAUCAUCGGAAACUUACACAACCUCCAAGGAAUGCUUCAUCUCUGUCUUCGAGACCUUUCCCAAACGUACGGUCCAGUGAUGCUUCUCAAGUUCGGGUUCGUGCGUAUGGUGGUGAUCACGUCAAAAGAAGCAGCCGAGGAAGUCCUCAAGACGCUAGAUCUUGAAUGUUGCAGCCGACCAGAGACAGUUUCGAGCAGAACUGUCUCUUACAACUUCAAAGACAUAGGCUUUGCUCCAUACGGUGAAGAAUGGAAGGCCCUGCGGAAGCUCUCUGUGGUGGAGAUCUUCAGCACGAAGAAGAUUCAGUCGUUCAGGUAUAUAAGAGAAGAAGAAAACGAUCUGUUGGUUAAAAAGCUCUCUGAAUGUGCUUCGACACGUUUCCCUGUGAAUCUUAAGAAGACGCUUUUCACAUUAGUAGCGAGUAUAGUGUGUAGGCUCGCGUUCGGACAGGAUCUUCAUAAGUGUGAGUUCAUCGACGAGGAUAGUAUCGCAGAGCUUGUUCAAAAGUCUGAGAUGGUUCUUGCGAGCUCUGCGUUUUCUGAUUUCUUCCCUGGAGGAACCGGUUGGGUUUUGGACAAGAUCACGGGACAGAACAAGAAGCUGAACAGUGUUUUCUCGGAGCUUGACGCUUUCUUCCAAAACAUUCUCGAUGAUCAUCUAAGGCCUGGGAGAACGGUGCUUGACAGUCCAGAUGUAGUCGAUGUGAUGAUUGAUAUGAUGAAGAAGCAAGAGAGAGAUGGAGACUCUUUCAAACUCACAACGGAUCAUCUCAAAGGAAUCAUCUCAGACAUUUUUCUUGCGGGAGUGAACACAAGUGCGAUGACUUUGAUAUGGGGAAUGACCGAGCUGAUCAGGAACCCUAGAGUGAUGAAGAAGGUGCAAAAGGAGAUACGGACAACACUUGGGGACAAGAAGGAGAAAGUUACAGAAGAAGAUGUCAACAAGCUUCACUACUUCAAGCUCAUGGUGAAGGAGUUAUUCAGGUUACAUCCAGCAGCUCCACUUUUGCUGCCAAGAGAGACGUUGUCUAACAUCAAGAUCCAAGGCUAUGACAUCCCGGCGAAAACACAGAUCAUGGUCAACGUUUACUCGAUCGCACGUGACCCAAAACUAUGGACUAACCCGGAUGAGUUCAACCCUGACAGGUUUCUAGACAUGUCUGUAGAUUACAGGGGACUGAACUUUGAGCUUUUGCCGUUUGGUUCUGGUCGGAGAAUCUGUCCUGGGAUGACAAUGGGGGUUGCUACUGUGGAAUUGGGUUUGUUAAACUUGCUCUACUUCUUUGAUUGGGCGUUGCCUGAAGGUAAGACGGUGAAGGACAUUGACUUGGAAGAAGCAGGGGCUAUUGUUAUCGGCAAGAAAGUCAGCCUUGAGCUUGUUCCACUUCAUCCUAACUGAAAUGCUGUUGAAACAUUUAGUCAAUAAGAUAAUGUAUUUGAUAUUGUAUGCAUUUUGUGUUGUAUUAUUCUAAAAGUCUAAGACCAAACCAUUACCUUGGUUACUAGAAUCACUUGAGAUUAUAAUUUUCAAAGCAAAAAUGGAUUUUGUAUUUUGCUAUUA